CACUUGUCAAAUGUCAACAUGUCAACCUAGUCUGGUAGUUCCUGGUAGUGGUGUGGACAUUGGAAGGUCUGGAUUCUGUCUGUGCCCUGUGACCUUGUCAACUUGAGACUUCUUUCUUCUGCCACACUUCUGCUGGCUUGCACUGACCAGGAAAAAAAGAGUUCUAUUAUGUUUGAUUGUUGGGACUUGAAAAGUUGAGAACAAUAAGUACUCUGCUUGAGAAGAAUAUGCAUUUGGAGUUAAAAAUAAAAAUGUAGGUAUUCUGUCUAGCUACUUAUUCAAGAGUAUUCAUGAAUUGACGCUUGAUGCAAGUUACGAGUGCAUGUUUUGUUUAGUUAGGUGAGUGAAAGAUGUCCAAGUGGGUCGGCUACGCCGUGUCCGUGAACUGCGGCGAGCCGCUGGGCUGCUACCAGGGCACGAUCCUGGAGGCCGACGGGAACACCAUUACGCUCACUAAAGCAUUUCGAAACGGAUUUCCUUAUCCGAAGUCUCAGGUUACUCUGAAUGCUGCUGACAUCAAGGACUUGAAGAUCAUAGAGCAGGCGCGGCCGACCGCCGCCAAGCAGACACACAGUACAGUGGCUGUGACUAAGAACAACAAGAAGUGCCAGCGGGCAACCGUGUGUGAAAACUUGCAAGCCAACCCUUCACACUCAAAUAUUCAGCAAAACGCAAACAAUGUAAACAGCAAGGCAGUGGGUGCGGGCGGGCCCGCGCCGCCGCCCGCCCCGCCCGCCCCGCCCGCCCGCAGCAAGCCCAUAGACAUUCAAGGGAGCACAAAUCAUAAAAAUACUACUGCUGGCGCGGCGGGGUCGGCGGGCGCGGGCGCGGCGGGCGGCGCGGCGGGCAGGGCGCGGCCGCACGAGCGCGCGCGGCGCCGCGACGAGGCGUGCUUCGGCGACGCGGCCGAGCCCGCCUGCAGCGACGACUUCGACUUCGAGGGCAACCUCGCGCUCUUCGACAAGCAGGCGCUGUGGGAGGAGAUGCGCAGCGCGGCGCUGGCGCGGCCGGACGUGGUGCCGCCGUCGUUCCGGCACGACGAGAACGUGCUGGGCGCCGCGCCGCCGCCGCAGCACAUCCGCCUGCCCGACGAGCUGCGCGGCCCGCUGGUGUACGCGGCGGACGACGGGCGCGCCGUGCCGUCCGCCGCGCCGCGCUUGCGCCGCGCCUUCUGGCUCGGCAUGCGGCGCCGCGCGCUGCUGGACGCGGCGCUCACGCUGCUGGCGCGCGCCGCCGCCGACGUGGCGCUGCGGCUGGCGGGCGGCGGCCGGCGCCUCGAGCCGCGCAACGCGCACCAGGCGCCCGUGGCCGUCGUGCUGGCCGCGCAUCACAGGCUGGGCGCGUGCGGCGUGGAGACGGCGCGGCUGCUGGCGGCGCACGGCGUGCGCGCGCACGUGCUGCUGUGCGGCGCGAGCGCGCAGCCCUGCGCCGAGCUGAGGCACGAGGUGCAGUCGCUGCAGUACGCGGGCGGCGCCGUGAGCGCGCGGCUGUCGGAGCUGCCCGCGCCCGACGUGGUGGUGCUGGCGCUGCACGACCCGUUGCUGGACGACGCGCAGGAGCCCCACGCCGCGGCGCUGCGCUGGGCGGGCAGCGCCCGGGCCGCCGUGCUGGCGCUGGAGCCGCCCGCGUCAGGCUGGGAAGGCGUGAGCUGCCGCGCCGCGCUGCAGGGCGGGCUGCCGGGCGCGCUGCCCGCCGCGCUGGGCCGCGUGCUGCUGGCCAACGUGGCGCCGCCCGCGCAGCUGUUCCGCGACCUCGACGUGCUGUACCGCCCGCCCUUCGGCGCCAGCAGCGUGCUGGCGCUCAACUAGUGCUGCCCCAGUGUCGUAUAACAUCGAAAAUCAAGCUGAAGCCUCUCGUUUUAGAGUCGAAAAUUGAGUACUAUAAUAUGUGACUGAGAUGGCUCUAAUUUAGAACAUGUACUGAUUAUGUAAAGACUAUCGGAAGAUGAUAUUAUAUUUAUCGCAUACGAGAUGUUUCAAUAGAAUAAAAGUAACACGACUUAUUAAAGUUGUAAUGUUCAUCGA